UAGACGACAUACUUCAGCAAGGUACAUCAAUCAAUAUGAAGUUCUUCAUUCUCCUUUCGCUGGUUGCUCUUUGCAGCUGUUCACCAGCUCAUCAAAAGCAAAACAAAUAUGAACAAUCAAAGAACGCUGUUCAAGGAAAUAAUCCUUACAACACCUUUUGGAAGACAUAUAGCCAACAGCGUCAAGGAGAAGAACCAUGGAACCAGUGGGCUCAAUAUGGCCAAGACAAUCAAGCUGGUAAUUACUGGAGACAAUACGUACAAGGCAAAAACCAAGUUGGCGGUGCUACUGUACCCUGGAUCUACCAUUACUGGGAUAACCAGGAUUACGAAAACUUGAGCCCUGCACAACGUGUCCAACUUGUUCUUAAUUAUAUGCAAGUUCACCAACAGUGGAACCAAUUGAACUCUGAUGUAAACAAUGAAGAUUAUUUGCACCAGCUGAUGUACCAACAUCUUCCUGAAUACGUACAAUAUAACCACGAAGAUGUACUACCCCACUUAGUACAAUACUUCGAACAAAAUCCCGCAAGAUAUACCAAUAUGUUGCACCAAGCGUAUCAAUAUUCACAGUCCCAACAACAACUUAUGUACCAUGUAAUGUACCAAUUGUACCAACAUUAUGGUCAAGCUCCAUGGUCCCAAGAACAAAUCAGAAACCAAAUUGUAAAGUACCAAUCAGUUUACCCUCAUCAAUUAUCUCAGGGUCAAAUCGAACAAUUGGUAGAAUUUGUAUACCACAUUCAACAAGAAUUAACACCAAGGCACUACCAACAAUUAGAACAAGUACAACCCCAAUUAGAAAAUUACCUUGAACAAAGUCCAAUGUCUCACCAACAAUAUCCAUGGUCUCAAAGACAACUUAUGUACCAUGUAAUGUAUGAAUUGUACCAUCAUUAUGGUCAAGCUCCAUGGUCCCAAGAACAAAUCAGAAACCACAUUGUACAAUACCAAAAUGCUUUCCCUAACCAAUUAUCUCAAGAGCAAAUCGAACAAUUGGUAGGAUUUGUAUACAACAUUCAACAGGAACUGAUGCCAAUGCACUACCAACAACUCGAACAAAUGCAACCAUGGGGCCAAUAUACCGCUCAACCAUCAAACUAUCAAACUUAUUAUUCAAGGAACAACCAGAAUGGUUUGUCAUGGACCUACAGACAAGCUCAACAAGGAUAUGGAUCUGCUCAACCAUGGACCUACAGACAAACUCAACAAGGAUAUCAAUCUGCUCAACCAUGGACCUACAGCCAAACUCAACAAAGAUAUGAAGCUGCCCAACCAUGGUCCUACAGACAAACUCAACAAGGAUACGAAGGUGCCCAACCAUGGUCCCAUUAUCAAACCGUUUCACAAACAUACGGAAAUCCAUUAGCUCAAUACUAUUCUAAUCAACAAAACCAACAACCAUGGACCCAAUACUGGAACCGAUAUGGACAACAGUACCAACAUCAACAACAGUAUGUUAUGUAAAAUUAUUUAUUUUUAUUAAUUAUUUUAAAAAAUAAGUGAGUCACAUUUUGUUAUAUAUCAAAUAUAUACAAAUAAUGAUUUGCCAAAUAAAAAAAUAUUUUCAAAUA